UCAAAGGAUUUGCUUUCCCCUCUCAAAGAGCCGCUAUUCUUUGAUGAUUGGGCAGCGGCAAACUUCAAAGUAAUAAAUCUUAUUUCUGACUGGCUGGCGGCCCACCAAAGUCCUUAUCAAAUUCUAAGAAGUGAUCCCUCACUCUUCAGAUAGACCAAGGAUAUAUCGGAGAGAGGAAGCACUGGAGAGUGAAGCCCUGCUCGACAAGAUAUAUUUUUUGUGUACCGCGAAUGAGUAUAUUUGUCUAAAUUAGUGCUUUUAUUUUUUAUUCGUCUUUACCGAGCGGAGGAGGACGUUUACCAUGGCAGCAGUGGCUGUACUGCGGAAUGAAACACUUCAGGCUUUUCUUCAGGAUCGUACUCCAAACUCUUCCCCAGAGAACUGUAAGCACUCUCCGCUGGCUCUCCUGGCUGCCACUUGCAACAGGAUCGGGCAUAACCACGGAUCAAACCCCGCUGAUUUCCUCCAGGUCCCCUACGAUCCCACGCUGGGUUCUCCUUCGCGUUUAUUUCACCCGUGGACUAACGAGGGAAACCCUCAGAGCAGCCUGGCCAACAACUCUACUUUCGGACUAUCCUCCAAGCCCCAGCUCUCUGCGCACAUCCAGAGCCCCUUCAGCUCCCACCACGAACUGCCCCUCACCCCUCCGGCGGACCCCUCGUACCCCUAUGACUUCUCCCCCGUGAAGAUGCUGCCUUGCUCCAUGCAGUCCACCUGCCCUCCCACCUACGUCCCCGCCGUCAGCUACGCGGCUCCAGCGCCCAUUCCGCCCGCGAUGCCAAGUUUUGUCACGGGACCCUCCGGCCUUGUGCACCAGCAGCAGAGACAGUUGUCCCCAAACCCUGGAGAGGAUAUUCCGUGGUGGAGCCUCCAGCAGGGGAACCACGUAAGCCACUCUUCCUCACUCGGUCCUCACCGCUUCCAGCUGCAGAGAGGCUUGGUUCUGGGACACACGGACUUUGCGCAAUACCAGACGCAAAUCGCCGCUCUGCUGCACACAAAGUCCCCCCUCGCGACUGCGCGGCGGUGCAGGAGGUGCAGGUGUCCGAACUGCCAGUCCUCCACGUCCAGCGACGAGCCCGGGAAGAAGAAGCAGCACAUUUGCCACAUACCGGGUUGCGGGAAAGUUUAUGGGAAAACUUCUCACCUCAAAGCGCACCUGAGGUGGCACUCGGGGGAGCGGCCGUUUGUGUGCAACUGGCUGUUCUGUGGCAAGAGUUUCACCAGGUCGGAUGAGCUGCAGAGACACCUGAGGACUCACACAGGGGAGAAGCGCUUUGUUUGCCCGGACUGCUGCAAAAGGUUCAUGAGGAGUGACCACUUGGCAAAACACGUCAAAACUCACCAGAACAAAAAGAGCAAAUGCCACGACAAGACACUAGAUCACGUGAAAAGAGAGGACACCAGGAUGUUGUAACACACCUUAUAGUCAUCUUAAACAGUAGACUUUAAAAUAGUGCAAUACAGUCAGUGCUACACUAGUUACAAGUUCACAGUGAGCUGCAUUUUUGUAGGGUACUUGGUUAAUUUUGUUGGUCGAUUUCUUACAUCCUGACAAUAGUUUCUAACAUUGCUGGUCUGUGUAGCACAUUUGUGUGUGUGUGUAUAUAUAUAUAUAUAUAUAAAAAGUUUCAUAAGUUAAUUUGGGACCAUGGAGGAGCUCAUAAGUUUGAAUUCACUGUCUAUAUCAUAUCAAGGAAGACAAGUUUUCAACUUGUGUUUUGAUCAAUGUCUUCGGUGGAAGAUUUCACUCCCCUGUAAAUGAUAUUUAAUAGCUUUUGUUGAAUGAAAGUGUCUGUUUUUGCUCCAUAUGGGGUGUUUAUAAAAGCAUGCUCUCCAGAAGAUCUGCUAUUGUUAAUAUGACCUAAAUGCUGUGUGAGAAUAAAAGUUAUGACGUUU